UUGAUAGUGUAAUCGAGAAUUUGCCAGCUCUAAGGUAGACGUCCAGACGUGCUGGAAAACUUCAAACGUAAAAUGGAAAAUCAACCUCAAAUUAAUAUUUUAACCGAUCUGAAGGAUAUCCUUUCGGAUCUGUCCAAUAUUUUUCAAAGUGAACCCAAAGGGCUGGCCACAAAACGAUUGGCCAAUGAUCUUGUUAAUGGUGUUCUAUCAAAUCUAGUUACUGUUACUGAGGAAGAUGAAAUUACUUCUCCAAUAUUAUUGAAGAAAAUAAUCAAAGCUCUGGUUGACACGGGCAUCAAGUCUGAGUCCCUCACGACGGAGCAGCGUCAGUUGGUGUCUAAAGUAUUCGAGUGUAUACGUUUUGAAAUGGGAAAGUGUUCCGGCGCCGAGGCUGCCUCAUUGCUAGACCAGUUAUGGACCAAUCAAUUCCAAUUUAUUGCCCAGAUGUUAGUUCAAUUUUUUGAUGUCUACAACAGUUAUCUGGGAACCGAACAAUGUCAAUUAUUGCUACUAGUCAUCAAGCAGCAAAUCCAAUCGAAGGAGCAAGAGCAACGUAAAAUGGGUUACCAUUUAAUGAAGGAACUGGAUAAGAUCUUCAAUUCUAAUCAAGUCGUUUCAAAUGAAUUGAAAUGCACUCCAUGCAUGUGGUCAACAUAUAUACACAUAUUGGAGCAUCUGGAAAAUCAGACAUUUGACUUCGAUUUAUGUAACUGGUUGAUCGUUUUCAAGGAUGCUGACAAUUUUUCUGCAUGGCUGCAUAUAUUAUUUAUCAAACUCUUGCAAUCGGAUGAUACAUUCGUUGGAUAUAUAACAAUCACAUUUAUUGCAAAUGAAUUGAAAUUUUCCCAACUGACCGAUUGGAAUGUAAUCGAUGAGUUUUUAGUGGCAACUAAUAGAACCGAAUUGUAUAAUAUCGAUGAUAAUUUCCGUAAAGAUCCUUUCUUUACGAAUUUUGUAUCGAAAAGUGAAAAUAUGGAUACAUUUAUGGAAAUCUUUGUCAGUGUUUCAUGGGACUGGAAUUUCAUUCCAUUAUUCGAAUGGCUUUCAAGUGUGUUGACUGAAAAAUCGCAUCUUGUUGGAAAGGAUGUGAUGCUUAAAAUCAUUUCUCAUGUGGAAAAAUCAAAAAUCUCCCUUAAUAUGCGACAUCAUCUUGAAAUUUUGCUUCAAACUUUCUGGGACCCAUUUACACUAGAAGAUGUUUUAGUCUGUAUUCAAGAGAUGUACAAAAACCGAAAACUUUAUUAUUUGCCCUACUGUAAAUUGAAACAGAAAGUCCUGAAUUGUGAGAAGUUUCAAUUGCUGCUUUCCUCUUUUAAUAAGUCAUUUGACGUAGUAUUCAAAACAUGGACACCGGAAUCGUUUGUUAUUGCGGUACUGGAUAAAAUAAAAGAUGUGGAUAAAACUAAACUCGGAUGGAUACGCUUCUACAUUAUGUCGAAAUAUAAUUACAAUGAAAAGAUUCGUGAUUUUUACUCCUCGGUGUAUGAUGUGGACAGUUCAUUAAUACUGAAGGGUAAAGAUCUUGAUGCACUGAAGCAACAUCUGUUCGAUAAACUAAUGUGCCAGACCAGCGAAGAGAAAUCUCUUGUCACUGCCAUGGCCAUAGACCUAUAUGUGGAGAAUCAGUUGGACGAAUGGAGUCUAAUUGAAGAGAUGGAGCUUAAGCCUUUGGAAUUAUUAAAUCUGGGUGGUCAUCAAACACUAAAACACAUGACAGAACUUUUGUCAAAGUCUUUGCAUCAAUUAAAGGACGAUCGCAUUCUAUCUACCAUUCUGGAUAUGCUGCAAAAGUAUCCAUGUUAUGACACAUGUAAAGCUAUUGGGCAAUAUGCUGUAAAACACAUGACUAUCGAAGAGCAAUGUAAAAUAUCUGCAAAGUUACUUGACCAAAAUGAAGAUAAUAUUGGAAUAUUAGAGAGUGGAAUAAAAUUGUCUUCAUCUACUGUCAUCCAAGGAAUACUCUAUUAUGGACCUCUGACUGGAGAUGAAUGGACUGAGAUGACGUAUACGAAAGCUUUUACACGUGACAGUUCGUUGCCUGUUUUGUAUGUAAAUUAUCUUCAGAAACAGUCAAAUGACUUUCGUUACAAAGUCGUUCAUGAAUUGUUACGCAUCAACAUGACGUUGUCUGAAAGUAAUCCUCAGUAUGGAGUCAAUUCCAUGGAGCACAGACUUAAAUUUCGUAUUGCCUCGGCUCUGAUGUUUCUACAGAAUACGAAAUAUCAAUGCAUUACUCAAAUAAGAAAUGCCCUACAAACAGAAUAUGAACAAUUCAAUAUCAGAUGCUUUUAUGAAAUGGUUAUGGCUAGAACUCUACCCACCAUGGACGCUAUCCAUUCCGAAUUGAAGUUGAUGUACACGUAUAGCAUAAAUAUGCAAAUCUCGAUACUAUCUGUCGCUCAUAUAGCUCUUCUUGCUAAGCAAUGGCAUCUACGGCAAUUUGAAAAAAUCCAAAGAAUAUUUGAGGUGUUUCUUUCAUUAACCAUGGAAAAUGAUUUUGAAAUCCGACAAUUUGCCAAGUUCAUUAUACACAAUUUGAUUGAGAAAUGUGACAAAGACAGAUUUAAUUUGCCCAUAGCUAAAACAUUGAGGACAUGCAUUAAAGAAAAUACGGCUGGCAAAUUAGUUGAUGCAAAAAUUAGAGCUCGUCUCUUACUGCCUAAAUUAUAUAGAAUUCUUAGUCAGGAAUACAAAACAUUUUCAUAUUACGAUUACACUUUCAACAUGUCCAAUAUAAAAAUGUUCUAUGACAUGCAUCACUCGGACGUAAUACUUGGAGUACGAGAAGCAUUUAAAGCAGUUUCAAACGAAGCUCUAAAGGCAAUAACUCCAACUAAUUGAAGUUUUUGCAAAUCAAAAAGAACGAUCAAUGUCAAAUAUAUCCUGGGAGUUAUCCUACUAAUUGCAAACAAAAUCAACUUACAAUAAUAAUAACAAGUUAGUCCCAUCUGAUGAAGGAUUGAAAGCCAAACCAACAAAAUGACAAACGGAACGAAAUAAAAUUAUAAUUCUUCUUGCGAUAUCGCUUUGAAGCCACACUUGAUGAUUAACAAUUCUGUUCAUUCCUUCUAUAAUAAAAUGUAUCUAAAUUAUAA